AAGCUGGAGGGGAGGAUGACGGGAUCCCACCAGGUCCCGGGGGACACAAAACACCCUCCGCUACGGCAGCGCUGGUGGCCCCGGGGCUGGCUUGGGCAGCCCCUGCCCGGGGGUUUAGGGGUCCCUGCCCGGCUUUGGGGGGUUCUCUGCCCGGGUUUGGGGCGUCCCUGCCCGGGUUUGGGGGGGUUCUCUGCCCGGAUUUGGGGGGUCACUGCCCGCGCUGGGUCCGGUCUCGCAGCCCCACGCCCGGUCUCGACCCAGCGCGGGUCCCGGCGCGCCCCGGGCAAAGUCUGCAGCGGGGGGCGCGCCCCGGGCACGGCCGCUCCCCGGGACUCGGAGCCGCCUCCGCCACGCUCGAGCGGGCGCGGACAAAGCGGAGCGGCGCGGCGAGACCAGAGCGGCUGCACGGGGGUGGGGGCGCUUCUCCCUUCGGCCCGGCUCACCGAUCGCACCGGGUGCCGCCGGGGCGGGGCCAGAAGCCGGGCCGUGUCGCUGUCAUACGCCGAGGUUGGCUCCGGCGGGGCCCGCCCGCCUCUCGUGCUGCUCCACGGGCUCUUCGGCUCCCGCGUCAACUUCCAGAGCGUGGCCAACGCGCUGGUGCGGCGCGGCUGCGGCAGGGCAGGUGCUGAUGCUGGAUGCCCGGAACCACGGUUGCAGCCCCCACAGCCCCAUGAUGAGCUACGAGGCGAUGAGCCUGGAUGUGCAGCACCUCCUGCACCACCUGCGCAUCCCCCAGUGCAUCGUCCUGGGCCACAGCAUGGGUGGCAAGACUGCCAUGGCCCUGGCGCUGCAGCGGACCUGGUGGAGCGCCUCAUCUCUGUAGACAUCAGUCCCGUCUCAACUGCCUGCGUCUCAGAAUUCUCUGCCUACAUCGCUGCCAUGAAGGCGGUGAAGAUCCCGGAUGGUGUGUCCCGCUCUGCAGCCCGCCAGCUGGCUGACAAACAGCUGCAGCCCGUGAUACAGGUCCCGCAGAUCAGGCAGUUCCUCCUCACCAGCCUGGUGGACGUGCAGGGCCGCUACGUCUGGCGGGUGAACCUGGAGGCCAUUUCCAACCACUUGGCAGAUAUCAUGAACUUCCCCAUGUUCCACAAGCCAUACCCUGGCCCUGCACUCUUCCUGAGAGGAUCCAACUCGCCCUAUAUGAGCUCCAAAGACUAUCCAGAAAUCCGGCGCCUCUUCCCCAAGGCCAAUGUCCAGUUCAUCGAAGGUGCGGGCCACAUAGUCCAUCAGGAUAAGUUUGAAGAAUUCAUCACUGCUGUCCUUAACUUCCUGCCACCACCGUAGUGUGGGGACCCAGGCAUCUGCAAACACCAUGUGGGACCUGUGGAGCUCCGGGCAGUGACACAGGACUCCAUGAGGAGGGGUGCAGCCUCAGUCGGGUUUGGAUUCUGCCGGCAAAGCCUUCUCCUACAUCAGGUCACCUGGAGCUGGAGAGGAGGGGCACCUCCAUCCCACUGAGCAUUCCUGCCACCUCGUCUGGUGGCACCAGGACGCUGUCCCCCCUGCACAGCCUGUCCUGCCUGCGCUGGGGUCUCUUGGAGGGGGCAGGAGAGCCCCCUUGUUUUCCUGCUGCCGGACCCACCUGUAUAUAGAUCUGGUUGGGACUUUGCAAAACGUGUAAUAAAUCCAAGGCAGAAAAUGGUUUGGGUGUGGCCAUGGAGGUGAAGGGGCUGGAGCACAAAUUCUGUGAGGAGCGGCUGAGGGAGCUGGGAUUGUUGAGCCAGGAGAAGAGGAGGCUGAGGGGAGACCUCAUUG